CAUUCCACUCCAUUUCCAUUUAUAAAGCAAAGGAAGGAAGAAACCAUAUUCUCUCUCUUAAUCUCAAAAGUUGUGAUUCUCUCACUUGGAGGAGUAAAGAAGAGAGAAGGAAUCCAUUAAUCAAUGGAGAAAAUAACAGAUCCCCUUUCCUCUCCCAGAAGCAAACCCAUAAAAAAUUAACUCUUCCACAUUAACACCAGCGUGCGGGAGAGAAAAGAGUCAUCGGAAACUCACUCCAAAAGAAAGAGAUCCAGGGAAUGGCGACAUUGCAGAAAUUCAAGCUACUGGCGACACAAUGCGCCAUAGCCGGUAGCCCAACACGAAGCCCAACCACCAGCCCUGUCAUCCAUCUCCGUCGUCGUAAAUCGCUAAGAAUGCUUCUCAGCCGCAGCAGCGGGAGCGGACGACGAUUGCGUCGGGAGGAAUCACCGGAUCUGCAAGGAAUCGUCACCCAUUCACAGCCGCCGGAGAAAAGGAAGGAAUUACUGAGCCGCACCCUUAAGGAUUUAUUCAUCUCUUCCCCUCCGCCACAAGAAGACAAUCCCAACAAGACCACUACGGAGAAGAUCACGAAAGCAGUCGAGGAAGCGUUUCCCUCGUCGAUCAUAAAUAGGGGAAAUGGAAGCCCGGAUCGGCAGUUAACUGUCGGCUCACCCAGGCCUUUGUCGGCGGUGUUUCGGUAUCGGCUGCUGAGGAGAGCUUGGCGACCCGUACUUGUUGCCAUUCCCGAGUCCAAAGAAACAAUCUAAUACUCACUCAUCCGCUAAUUUUGCUUCUCUCUCUAUCUCUCUGUCUCUGGGUUUUGGAAAUGUAUAAAUUUGAAGAUUACUGAUUUGUUAACUGAUUUGGUUAAUCUGCUCCGGGUGUAAGGGAUUGUAGGAUUGAGAAAUGAAGAGUCUUGUAAAAGAAAGAAAUGAGAACAGAGUUCAGAAUAGAGAUUUGGAAGAUCUAGCACCAAAUUUUGUUUUC